AUGGACCCAUCGUUCCGCAACAGCUCUUCAAACAAUGGGCGCCCGCUCUGGCUGGUCUUCAUCGCCGGUGUAGGAGUGCUGUACAUGGCCUAUUCACUUUUGCUCGCUCCUGCUCCCGGUGUCUCUGGUCCUAAGGUGACUAAGGCUGUUGCGGUUCUGACUGGUACUGUAUCCGGCACGGUCACCUUCAGCCAAGCAUCUCCCGACGCGCCUGUCUACAUCACGGGCGAGCUCAAGAACCUCGACGCUGAGGCUGAGCGCGGCUUCCACAUUCACGCUCUCGGCGAUCUUAGCGGUGGAUGCGUUUCCGCGGGCUCGCACUUCAACCCGUUCGAUAAGACCCACGGCGCCCCGACCGACGAGAGCAGGCACGUCGGCGAUCUCGGAAACAUCGAGUCCGAUAGCAAAGGCACCGUCUCGCUCAGCAUCAAUGAUGAACAGUUGACGCUCAAUGGUCCGUUGAGUAUUGUCGGGCGCGCCGUCGUUGUGCAUGCAGGUACCGACGACUUGGGCAAAGGCGGAAACGACGAGUCUUUGAAGACAGGCAACGCCGGUGGACGUGCAGCAUGUGGAGUCAUCGGUAUCGCACAGUGA